CCGCCCCAGCUGCUGCUUGAUCCCCACCCGCUUGGCAGCUGUGCCGAGCCCAGCCCGGCGAGGGGCGCGCUCAUGGAGCACACGCACGCCCACCUCGCCACCAACAGCUCGGCUUGCGGCUUGGGCUUCGUGCCGGUGGUCUACUACAGCUUUUUGCUGUGCCUCGGAUUACCAGCAAAUAUCUUGACAGUCAUCAUCCUUUCUCAACUAGUGGCCAGGAGACAGAAGUCUUCCUAUAACUAUCUCCUAGCACUUGCUGCUGCCGACAUCCUGGUCCUCUUCUUCAUUGUUUUUGUGGAUUUCCUGUUAGAAGAUUUCAUUUUGAGCGUGCAGAUGCCUCCAAUCCCUGACAAGAUUAUAGAAGUGCUGGAGUUCUCUUCCAUCCACACCUCCAUUUGGAUUACGGUCCCCUUGACUGUUGACAGGUAUAUAGCUGUCUGUCACCCACUCAAAUACCACACAGUUUCCUACCCAGCCAGGACCCGAAAAGUCAUUGUGAGUGUUUACAUCACCUGCUUCCUGACCAGCAUUCCCUACUACUGGUGGCCUAAUAUCUGGACUGAAGACUACACCAGCACCUCCAUGCAUCAUGUCCUUGUCUGGAUCCACUGCUUCACUGUGUACCUGGUGCCCUGCUCCAUCUUUUUCAUCUUGAACUCCAUCAUUGUCUACAAGCUAAGGAGGAAGAGCAAUUUCCGCCUCCGUGGCUAUUCCACAGGGAAGACCACUGCCAUCUUGUUCACCAUCACCUCCAUCUUCGCCACUCUCUGGGCCCCCCGCAUCAUCAUGAUCCUCUACCACCUCUAUGGAUCGCCCAUCCAGAACCCUUGGCUGGUCCACAUCAUGCUAGAUGUCGCCAACAUGCUGGCCCUUCUGAACACAGCCAUCAACUUCUUCCUCUACUGCUUCAUCAGCAAGCGGUUCCGAACCAUGGCAGCUGCUACACUCAAGGCCUUGUUCAAGUGUCAGAAGCAGCCUGUACAGUUCUACACCAACCAUAACUUUUCCAUAACAAGUAGUCCCUGGAUCUCACCGGCAAACUCACACUGCAUCAAGAUGCUGGUAUACCAGUAUGACAAACAUGGAAAGCCUAUAAAAGUAUCCCCGUGACCCCAUAGGGCUGGCACUUGUGCCUCUGUGUAAUUUGUUUCCAGAUGAGAGGGUGUCCCAUGCUCUGGCUGAACAGCUCUCCUUUAAGAGUGCUAACCUGAUUUCCUCUCUCCACAGACUGAGCAACUCUCAGACUGGCAGAUGAGAAGAGAAGAAAGAGAAGAAAGGAAAGAAUGAAUCUUGUUUUCCUUUAUGCACUCCUUUUCACAAAAUUACACUGA